AUGAUCGAAUCACUCACCAAGGCUUUCAUCGCCGCAUCCUGUGGUAUACUCGUCGACGAGGGCAAACUGAGCUGGACCGAACCGCUAUCCACAUACAUACCCUUUACCCAAAACAAGAAUCCUGUCAUAGGCGAGCGUAUGAGUUUGUCAGACGCUCUGUCUCAUUCCAGCGGAUUUCCUCAGCUCGAUAUCGCGUGGUACGGAUCCUUCGGCGAGACACUGAUGUUUCCACAACAUUUACUGCAGAUUACUGCCAACAUGCCAGCUCACGACGAUGCCUUUCGAAAGAAAUUUCAUUACUCCAACUGGCCAUACGCCCUAGCGGGUAAAGUGAUUGAAGCUGUAGGCGGUAAAGAUUCCGCGGGCGGCGGCUGGGGGCGGUUCGUAAAAAGGAGGAUCUUCAAUCCGCUCUGGAUGACUCGAUCGACUUGUUCGCGAAACGACAUUCAGGGCGGUAAUUUGGCUGAGCCGCAUAUAGUCCUGGGCGAUGGAAAUUGCAACGUUGCGGGUCCAGAGCGUUUACCUGCGCCUCAAGUUUCAGACAGGACUAUUUGCGGAGCGGCAAUGGCGAUGUGGUCGAACAUCCCAGAUAUGCUCAUCUGGUCGCGAGCAGUGAUGGAACGCUUGGAUGAAGAGAAAGCGGGGAACAAGAACAAUUCAACCAGCUUGAUGAACCCGCUCAGGCAUAUCAGUCAAAUCACGUCCCAGAAAUUCCCCGUCACAGAUGACACCGUCAACGAGAACACUUAUGGAUUUGGAUGGGCAAGACACAUGAUCCCUUCGACACAACUCGGGUGGCUCUCCACCAACGGGCCGCAGAAAGACGAUAUCAUCGGUCGAGAAUCGCGGCCGCGACUAACGCUAUACCACGGAGGCUAA